AAGAUAGGCCUGUCAACUGGCUGAUGGAUGACUAGGGGACCGAUGCUCCAUUAUUGCUCAAUCUUCGUUUCUCUCACUAGCUAUAUUCUUAUCAAUUAUCAAUCUUCUAAAAUGUUAUUCUUCGUUCUACUGAUGGCGUGAUUUAGGCGUUUUUUUUUGUCAUUACGUGAUUUUGUACGGAUUAUUUUUUAUAACCUUUCUUUUUUUUGGGACAAAAAGUGUGAUUAAGUAAUUAAUUUCAAAUUUGUUUCCUGGUUUAAGAAAAACCAUUUUUCAAAUAUCAGUAUGACAUAUAGAGAAAUGGAUUAAUUUACUCGGAAUACUGGAAUAAUAUAUGUAAAAGCAUAAUGGCUGGAUUUUCUGUGAUUGUUAAAGCCGUUUUGUGUUUAGUGUUGUUUGUGAACUUUAUAUCAAACACAGCUAUGGCAAUAUCUCGGACAAUGCAACAAUCUGGCAAUGAUCUCCUUAAAAUUCCAGUGUUCCAAGAACAGAUACAGUCUGCAAAAAGUAUUUAUAGUCAAAAUGUAGAUAGCACAGGCACAACAACUGAUCAGCAUCCAGCAGAUAUAACUGUGUUUGGGAACCCACUGAAAGACAAUGAUAUAUCAUUAAAAAUACAAACACCUAAACAAACAUACAAUUUAAAUCUUGAAAGACUUAACAAUACGUUACUCCAUAAAGACUUUAAAGUGUUAAAUGUGUUCACGGAUCCGGAUGGGAAAACCGUUUUUCAUGAAGACUCAGUAAAGCAUAAAUUGCACGACAAAUCAAAAGAACUUAAUUUUUACCAUGAUCCAUCAUCCGGCACGUUAGUGAGUGUCCGAGCCAAUCAGAAAUCAACAACAGACAAUCUGAACCAUUACGUGGAGGGUAUCAUUCACGAUGACGUCAUAAUAGCACCACCUGUUGCUCAUAAACGCCAUAAAAGAUCGUUACAUAAAGACACUCAUACGAUGUGGAGGAAAGCGCCAGAAAUUCACAAUUUUAUUGAUGAUGAAUUAUUUGUUCCACCAAAUAUAGAUAAACUGAAAUUCCCUACAGUUUUAACGCCUAUGGAGCCCACAUCAUACGAUAACGUUCCUUAUACACAUGUUCGAUCAAACAGAACUAAACGCCAGGUAACUCUGACGUCAUCAAAGAUCGAACCAGAACUACUACUUUUUUGUGAUAAUGCUAUGGUACAGCAGUUCGAAGGGGACACAGACGAGCUUUUAGAAUAUCUACUGCAUUUCUGGCACGCGGUAAACUGGAAAUUUUUAACAAUAUCAUUGCAAAGACAGUGGCCGCACAUAGAUUUAAAAAUCCGUGAGAUUGGAGUAUUUCGUGACCCAUCUGCUCAACCAUUUAUAGAAGAAAAUCGAAUACGACGUGGGAGCCGGUUGUUCUCCCUGUAUGACGCCAUGGACAGUCUUCAAAGGUGGCUGGUCAAAUACGAAACCGUCCUUCCAUUGCACGAUGCAGCAUUUCUACAAACAGGAAAUGAUGCGUGCAGAAUGACCAGUCAUACAAGACGAUUUAAAGACAGUAGAUUCACAAGUGACGAAGAUGAAGAAGAAAUAGAUGGUUGUGUAGCUGGUACUGCGGGUGUAGCCUAUGUUAGAGGAUCGUGUCUAUCGGCGCCAUACUUCCGAAAACUUGCAUACAACUUCGGUAUUGGUGAGGCAUCUACAAGUUUCAAUGGUGUGAUCAUAGCCGCCCACGAGGUCGGGCACCUGCUGGGUGCAUACCACGAUGGUGAAGCCGAGGCAAGAGGUUGUGCAAGCAACUCCGGCUACAUCAUGAGUUACUCGAGAGAAGAUGCAUAUAAAUUUAGUCGCUUCUCACCAUGUUCUAUUUCAAGCUUCCAGAAUUUUCUAAAUAUGGAUCGUUCAGCAUGUCUCAGGCAGAGAGCGAGCAGUGAAAUAAUGAAAUUUCCGACGUCAUUUCCGGGAACGUACAUGUCCAUCAAUGAACAAUGUCGUAGAUUUACAGGUGGACCGCCGUGUGAGGUUGGACCAAAGCAAUGUGAACAUCUAUGUUGCGAUGAUGCUAAGGGUCAAUGGAGAUACACAAGAUCUGAACCAGCAGUAGACGGAACUUCCUGCGGUAAAAGAAAUGUGUGUUUAAACGGUCAGUGUAUAUCACUAGCAUCAUUUGGAUAAUCCAGAAUGUACAGAAUUAUUUAUUUCGACACAUCGACACAACACUUGUGAUAGGUGUACAUGAUCUGUGAUGUACUCCUGAUCUACUUGAUCUACUUGAAAUAGAGACAAAUACAGUUUUUUUUUGUUAAAUUUGAAGAUACGCCAAAAGUCCUCAGCGGGAAUCCAGCUUACUGUAUUAUCCAUAUAUGUUCUAAACUGGCGUUGUACAAACUAUAUGUUUUUUUUGGUUGUUGACAAACUUAAAUACUAUCAUACGACUGUACUUAAAUAUAUGGAAGGCCGGUGCGCUAUGCUAAUUGCUAAAUGCAUUUGGUAGAUAGCAUGGUGAGCCGGCCUUCCAUAAAAAUGUAAUAUCUCUAACCACACUGUCGCUGUCUGUGUUUAUGACCUUUGAUAUCGUCCUAAAUUAAAUUAGUUACAUACAAAUGCACGACAAUGUUGGGUUAGGAGCGAGAAACAGAAUGGUAGUAAGCGCUUUCUGUGUUGUCAAUUUCAAGAAAAAGAACUACCGAUUUAACUGGUAUUGUGUUUACUUUGUAUUGACCAUACGUAAAGUAUAUCUUAUUUGUAAUGUUGCCGAUUUGUAAUGUUGCCGAUCUGAUAUUUGUUUAUUUGUUAAAGAUUAUGUUGUUAAUUGGACGCUAUACUUACGGGCAAAUAUUAAAAUGUAAAUACAAAAGCCCACAGCCAAUAAGGGUGAGAUAUUUAUUAUUCAUUUUCAGUUAGUUAGUGUACACCUAUGAAAGUUUUUGAUUCUAUUAUGACAUUAAAGUAGCUGAAACUAUCUGCAGUAUUUAUCUCUACGCAAAAUCACAUUAAUAGCAAUUCCCAUAUCAUUGGAUAUAUUUAUUGAUAAUGUUAUUAAAAUGCUUUUUGCUACAAAACCAUGAAACUACUCGUUAUGCACUAUGCAAGUUAUCACUGAUUAAAAUAUUUGAAAUAUAA